UACUGCAUAUAGCAUUUUAUUUUGUUUGUACUUUUUAUUCAACAUAUUUUGGGAAUGAAUGACAUUUCUUGAAAUAUAUAUAUAUAUGUUAAUACUAUGUUUAUAUUAUACAUUUGGGGUUGUUAAUGGUCACUUCCAUUUUUGUGCAAUCUAGAAAAUGACCAAGCUGCAAUCAGUCUCUUUAGGUUCAAGACCUUUAUAUAUCCUCCAAUCCACCACAAAAGGCUUUUGUCCCACCAAAUUUACAAGAACUUUCUCAGAUUUGAUUUAUUUACAAUUUUUUCUGAUGAGUUUUAAUACAUGUUCUUUACUUGUUAUUGAAUCCACACCACCUGGUGGCCAGUUGUACAAUCUGAGAUCUAGAAAGAGGUUGCAGAAUGUUAAAAACCCUAUUAGUUUCACAUGUUUCAACAUUGGACAUUUCCCCAUAUUCCAUAUUAAAAUGCUUUGUUUUUGAUGCAUGUAAAUAUAUUUGCACCUGAGAAAAUAAAUAAGUAGGCUAUUAAAGAAGAGAUAUUUUUUGUUUGUUUAUUUUAAAAAUUUAGAACAUACAUGUUAUUAUUUUCACAAUCAUGUAAAUUUACAACUCAUAAUAUUGUAUCAUUUUUAAAAUGAUGAAGGCUUUUAUAAGUUUUGUUUUUCAUAUGAACUAAAUGAGAGACACAAUAAAUGUACUCCAGUUCUCUUUAUACAUAAUAACAAUUACAAAACAAUUAUUUCAAAAUGUAUAAGUCCCAUGAUCUGAAAAACCUUUUUGCCAAAAACUACAUAUA